AUGAGCAACUGGAUCAACGAGGCCGCUGUCCCUAACCACAAUGGCAACGGCUUCCCUCACGGCAAUGACCCAUCCGCCGUCACUGGCGCCAUGAUGGAUCCGUCUGUCUUUAUGGGCAAUCCGGCGCAAUUCAACUCCCAGUUCGCGAACCCACAACAGUUGGCCAUGGCCAACGGGCCCAUGCGCAAUGCAUCGCCUUCCUUCCCGAACCAAAUGUAUCAGACCAAUUCCGUCAUUCCCUCGAAGCGACCGAGACCGAGAGAAGAUGGUAUGGGCCAGUCGCCGCGCCCAGCGCCGGGCAUGCUACCAACCUCACGCGCCGAGACGCCGCAGCAAUCAUCCUUUCCGGGAUUCCAACAACCCGGCAUGCCGCAACAAUCGUCCGCUCAGCCGUCUCCAUAUCCCCACCUCCAGCCGAAUGGCUCAGGGAACGCGACGCCGUCCCCCAUCUUGGGCAACCAGAUGCGCCCUGGAAGCGUUCCACAAAGGGUCGCGUCUACCUCCCCACAUCCCUUCUCACCUGCUGCACAACAGUUUCCCCAGGCGUCUCCUUUACCGCCUGACCAUACAGGAACGCCGCAGCAAUUCAUGCAGCAAGGCAACUUCUCGCAGAACUUUAACCCCCAGUUCACACCGGCGCAAUCCCCAGCACGGCCGUCUCCAGGACCGAACCCAAUGGCAGGCCAGAUGAUGCCCCAGCAGAUGGCAAUGGCUCAGCAGAUGCCACAGAUGACGGGCCAGAUGGCUGGGCAAAUGCCAGCUCACAUGUCGGGGCAUAUGGCAAGCCAAAUACCCGCCCAGAUGCCGGGCCAGUUUGCGGGACAGAUGCCCGGUCAAAUGACUGGUCAGAUGGCGGGUCAGAUGCCGAACAUGAUGUUCCCACAGCAAAUGGGCCAACCCCGAAAUGCGCUGGAGCAGCAGAAGCUCCUGUACCAAAUGCAACUCCAACAACAAGCGCAGCGGACAGGCAUGCAAAUGCACCAGAUGAAUGCUCAGAACAUGAUGCAAGCACAGGCUGGCCAGACGCAGGCACAGAUACACACACAAGCACAAGCGCGAAGUAUAAUGGCCUCGCGGCAAGGUAUCCCCAACGGCCAAAUACAACCAGGCGCAAUGAGGCCGCAGCAGGGGAUGCCUCAACAGCAGCCAAUGGCUCGGAUGCCUACCCCAGAACAGUUCAUGAAGCACCUGACAGCUUUCAUGAAUUCAAAGGGCCUCUCUGUGGAUCUGCAACCAUUUGUCGAAGGUCGUCCUAUUCCCCUGCAUAACCUAUUCCAAUUCGUGUACUACCGACUUGGCGGAUACCGGAAUGCGACAAAUUCAAACGGUUGGAUCCAAGUUGCUCAGUCUAGCGGAUUCGCGCCUCAACAAAUCCCCACAGUAGCACCGCAACUCAAGGUCCUAUACGAAAGAAAUCUGCUCAAGUACGAGGAGUUCUGGGCCACGCAACAGAAGAUGCGGCUACAGCAGCAGGGAGGUAUGCCCAAUGUCCAAAAUGCGCAACCCGGAACGCCCACGAAGCCUAUGUCUUCGGGGCAGAUGCAGGCUCAGAUGAUGCAACAGUCACAGCAACUGCAACAUGGCCAGAUGCAAUCCCCCAUCAAGCCAUCAGGUCCGCAGCAGACAGGCGUCAAUGGCUUCUCAGCUCCUGGCCAUGGCCAACAGCCGAUGCUCUCCAACCAAGGACAUUCACGCAACAGCUUGUCGAGGAGCGUCCAGGCUACUCCCACAGUGGACGAAUUUCCUAUCCCUUCACCUGCACAGAGCAAAGCUGGGACUUUGUCCCUUCCCGGCUCCGCCCACCCGGAAAGCCAAGGGAUGAGCGAUGAUGUCGGGGCUUCGCUGAAAUUCCCUGCUCCCUUUGCGACCAAUCCGGAUGAGUAUAUGCCUUGCUCGCGAGAAAUCACAACCCAUGGAGGGUUCGACGUGAACGCUUUGAUGAAGGUUGGCGAUGAGUUGCAGAGAUCCAAAAUCGACAUCCCGUUGCCAACCGAAUUUGGGAAUGUCGACAUUCACGCUCUCACGAAAAGCAUCCAGAGCGGCAUUUAUGGCGAGGUUCGGCUGGCCCUCGAUACUUUGGCGGCUUUGACGUGCAGCGACUAUCACUUCCUCAGUCCCACGCAGCCGGUACCCAUUCCCCAGAUUGACUUGAGACAUUGCGAUGAGCUAGUCGAAGCCUUGAUUGAGUGUGCCGAAGAGCAAGUUGACUUGCUGGUGGAGAACUCUGAAGAAGCAUCAAACGAGAUAACCAUCCCUUCAUAUGAGGAUGUUGUGCGCGCCUGCAGGGUAGAAAGACUUGCGUUGCGCCACCCGCCACUCUUCGGGUCUCAGGCGCAUGUGCUCGAGCGCGCGGUGGAGCGGCUCAUUUGCAUUACAACCAUCCUGCGGAACCUCUCAUGCCGUGAGGAGAACCACGCUUGUCUCGCGGACGAAACUGUCGUCAAGUUUAUUUGCGUCGUUAUCAGAUACCUGGGAACCCGCGAGAUGCUCCUUCGAACCCAGGUCGACACCCUAGAUUUGAUGAAGGACUUGAUCACUCUCUUGUCGAACAUUGCUGGCUCGGUGGAGAUACCCGGACGGGAGCAGGCCUUCUGCCUGCUCCAGUUCUUGCUCGCCUUCGCACCGACUCUAGGCCCGACGUGGUCGGACGACCGGCUAUUCUUCUCAUCAUACGAACCCGCGCUACAUCCGUAUCUACCCCAUGCCGUCGACUGCCUAGCCAAGCUACUGGCAAGGGACGAGCCGAACAGGACGUACUACAAGGCCAUCUUUGCGGCCGAGGCGGCCGUCAACGCCUCCCCCCCUUGCGAACUCCUUACCCGCGUUUUCGGUCUCGCGAUAUCCCCACUACCCGACCAUUCACGCGAUCACAGGCCCAUGAAUUUGCCAUCCCUGGUUGAAGCGCGCAAGCCCGUCCUAAUGCAAGGUCUUCUUGCCGCCGACAUCAUGGCCGGACUUGCUCCUGGGUAUGAAAGCGGGGUGACGCGCGCAUGGCUUGCAUCUGGCAAUGGCUUUGCGCAGAACCUAUUGCUCUUGGUCCGCCAGCUGAGUGCUCAGUUCGAGGGUCCACCCGGUAGGACGGGUGGCCAGCCACGAACCCAGCCAAAGCGGGAUCUUGAUCUCGUGUAUAUCAUUGCGCUAGCCGUCAACAUGUUGAAGCGGCUCGGGGAGAAGGCGCAUGAUCCCAAUAGCCCGGAACGAAAGGUCAGCGUGCCGCCGGAAGUUCUUCCGGCCAGGGAAAGCGUGCUCAGUGCGCUGCAGAUGCAGGCGAACGAGUGGACUAAGGAAGGCAUUUUGGCGGAUCUGCUGGCGUACGUCGACUUGGGUCGCUAA